AUGUCAUCAAUAUCCUCCUUGCUAUCUUCAUGGAGACAAUUCCAGCUAUUCGACUUUACUCCAAUACGAGAUCCCAACUAUCAAACUAGUGAUGCCCUUUACUCAGAUCCCACCAUAAGUGCAAUCAAUGCAACCACCACCAACUACUUGAUCAUUGCCAUCAACAAUUCAACAUUGAAAAUAAUCAAUCCCAAGGACUUAACUACAUUGGGAGUAUUCACCGCAUACGAUGUCGACUAUAGAAUUACUUUUAUUGCUCCACUCGCCCACUCCGACAAUUUGGUUGUCACUUUGGCUGAAAAACAAGGGGCACCCAGUAUAAUCAAAUUAUGGGAUAUUCACAAGGUAUUAAAUCUCCAAGAUGUAGAUGAUUCAGAAUUUCAAUUCAAGUUCCAGACACAAGUUCUAGUGAGCAAUGGAGACAAUUCGUUUCCUAUAAGUUGCUUUGUGUUUAACAAUGAUUUAACAUGCCUUGCCAUUGGAUACACAAAUGGGAAAGUUAUACUUAUACGGGGUGAUUUACUACGUGAUAGAGGAGCAAAGCAACGAGUUAUUUAUGAAAGCAAUGAUCCAAUUACCGGGAUUCAGUUCAAUGAGAAAGAGGCAGUAUUGUAUAUAACAACCACAUCAAAAAUAUUAACAGUUGCCACAACAGGAAGAAAUCACGGGAAGCCAGCAAGAGUGUUGUCUCUGAAGACAGGAGCAGACUUGAAUUGUACAGCUGUGGAUCAAUCGACUCAGAGUUUGAUUGUUGGAUUACCUGGCUCAAUCAGGUAUUAUAAUCAUUUACAAAGCUUAUCAUCGAUAAAUUUUGAUAUUGCAAAGCUGAAGAUUAUAAGUUCAAAAUCUUCAUAUUUGCUAAUAGUCAGUCCACAACAUGAAGAUGUAACUUCUAAAGCAUUAAUGACCAGAAUAAUAAUCCUAGAUUUGGUCAAUAAGCAUAUUUCCUUCAAUAUAAUCAUACCCAACAGCCUUAUAAACUAUGCAUUUAUAUCUUCAGGGGAUUUAUACUUAUUAUCAGGAGAUGGAGUUUUAUAUAAGUUGCAUGAAAAACCAAUAAAUCAACAAAUUGAAUUAGUUUUACAGAGAGAGUUAUUUCAAGUUGCUUUCAAUUUGGCCAAACAGCUGAAUUUACCAUCUAAGGUUUUGUUACGAAUUCAAAGAUUACACGGUGAUUACUUGUAUGAUUCACAAAGAUAUGACGAGUCAAUUGAUGUAUUUAUUGAUUGCCUCGAUUUGUUUGAAAAGACCCAACCCGAAGCAAAGUUAAAUGGUGACAAACAGAAGGGAGAUGACCAAGAAGUGGUAGAAGAAGAUGAAGAAGAUUUAGACGAUUUCAUUAUGAAUAUAAUUACAAAAUUCAAAGAGGCCACCAAUAUUUCCAACUUGACUCGAUUCUUGAUGAAACUAUACGAAAAGUCAAUAGCUAAUAUCGACCAUAUUACCUUGCUUCUUUGUUGUUUCUGCAAAUUGAAACAAGUUGAAAGUUUAGAUGACUUUAUAGAAAGCUUGGUGAUUACAACUACUAAUUUACAGGAUUUGAAUUUCGAAUUGAUUAUUAACCUUUUCAAAGAAUGUGGAUAUUUCCAUCAAGUUAUCAAACUAUUAUUCAAGUUGGAGCAACCAGGUUUGAUUGUUGAUAUUCAAUUGAAUGAUUUGAAAAAACCUAAAUUGGCAUUGAGUUAUAUGAAGUCUUUGGCCAUUGACGAAUUAUUGUUAAUUCUAAUUGACCACUCUAAGAAAUUAUUAGAUUCAUGUCCUAUUGAAACAACCGAGCUCUUGAUUAACGUAUUCACUGGUAAGUACAAGCCUCAGAAUACUGAAGAAGGACCUAUAGAGUUGGACAAAGGUGGUGAAAAAGAAGAACCGGAAGGAGUAGCCAAGUUGACUAACUAUCGAGCAUUUGUCAAUUAUUUAUCAGGUGGAAGCGAUGAGCAAGAACAAGAAGAGGAUGACUUGAGCGAUGAACCAACAUAUUUGCCUCCUAGGCCAAACUUAAUAUAUUCCAGUUUUAUGAACCAUCCUAAUGAGUUUUUGAUUUUCCUUGAAGCCUGCAUUGAGGCAUUUGAUAAGUUCCAAGGGAAUGAAGUUGACAAGAGAGAAACGUUAUUGACAUUGUUAGAAAUGUAUCUUUCUAUUUAUGAAACAACAAAGGCCAAGGAAUGGAUAGAUAAAGCUGAAGCAUUAACCACUCACUAUGCUAGCUUGCUUGAUAAGAAAUCAUUAUUAUUGAUCAGUCAUAUUUACAAUUUCAAACAAGGAGAAGUGAUUGCAAAGGAGGAAGCCGGAAUGGAAGAAAGCUUGUUUAUAAACUAUCAAAUUGCAGAAGAUGUACCUGGUUGCAUGGAACUUCUUAACAAGUAUGGUUCUUCAAAGCCCGAGUUAUACAAACUAAUGUUGAAGUUUAUUGUUUCUAGGAAAUCAAUAUUUGAAAGAGUAAAUCAAAAGGAUUUUCAAUACAUUCUUGAAAAAAUUAAAUAUUAUAAACUAAUGAAUCCACUCGAGGUUUUGCAAGUUAUUACAGAACAACCUGAAAAUGAUUUCAUAACUUUGGGGGUAGUGAAACAAUAUUUGAUUGACCAUUUUAAGGAAAAGAGCAAGGAAAUUGUCAACAAUGAGAAAUUAAUCGAGAAAUAUGAACAAGAAUCAACCAAAAAUUCAUUUAAAUUAUCUGAGUUGACUAAACCAUUUGUGAUUCAGAACAAUAAAUGUUCGAUGUGUGAAUUGAAAUUAGAUUUCCCCGUGAUUCAUUUCAAAUGUCGUCAUUCAUUCCAUCAGAAAUGUUUGUCUACGAAUUUAGUGGCAAGUAAUGAUGAGCCGGUGAUUGAUGGGAAGGGUGAGGUUCCACAAUGCCCAAUUUGUAUUAGUCAUGUGAAUGAAGUUAAGGCUGUUAAGGCUGGACAUUUCCGAGCUAAAGAGAAUUAUGACGCGUUUGAAUCUUCGCUACAUGAUAGUAAUGACAAGUUUAAAUUUGUUACUGAUUAUUUCGGUAAAGGAGUUAUGGAAAAUGAAUCAAUCACUAUGGUUGAGUAGGUUGAGUAGGUUUUAUACUCGUGCCGCCGCUACCAUGUACCUAUUUACGAAAGACAAUGAAAUUCUUUUUUCGGUUAAUUUUUUUCUUGUCGCAUUUUCGCAGUAAACGGUGAAACAAAUUUGCACAUGAAACGAGCGUGGAACACAUAUUGAACUUGGCGAAAACAAUGAAUUGAGGCGACAUUGUUGCAUUAUCAAGACAUGAAAUUGCUCAUUAUGUAUAAUUAAUGACAGGAGUUGUCAUUGAAUAGUAUUAUAAACAAAUGAGGUACAAAAAGCGCGCGUAAUUACUUAAGUUUGUUUAUCAUGUAAUUAUAAAACAGGCUAAAUUAUAAGAUAAAACUUUCCUCGGAGAUAUUCUCCAACUCCAUUUCGUCUAGUAAUACUUUUAUUUCUUGGUAUAU